UAUCUCUGACACCGUCAAUUUCAUAUCACAUUUUUUUUUUGUUUUGUUUUGUUUACAUUAUUCCCGCCAUUUUUCUUGACUAAACAACCGGCAGCGAAACAGUUUCCGAAUUGUGCUUUUGUCCACAACUGGCUUCUGUUUUUGCAGGGUCCGUUCUGUUUGGUUGGCCAGCUAAGCAAUCUUGUUUUGGUAAUUUUGGUACUUACUUAUAGAUGAAGUUACUAAUGAAUCUGUAACUAACUAAAAAGCCUUGCUUUUAUAUUAUUAUAUAAAAUGGGGCAGACACAAAGCACUCCCCAGAGACAACGACAACUCUCCACAUCAGAUUCAACACUUGAUUUUGAAUCUGGAAAAAAAACAAAGACUGAUGAUAUUGCGUUCACUGCUUAUGGUGCUCCAACUUCCGAAGACUCACAUCAUAUCACUCAACGUGUUGUAGAUGAUGGUGGGGAGGGUUAUGUUCCAACAGAAGUUGCCUGUCAUAAAAUGGAGACUACUGUUCCUGUUGUAUUUCAUUGGGAAUAUGGUGGAAAAGAAGUGUAUUUGUCUGGUAGUUUUAAUGAUUGGAAAACAAGAAUCCCAAUGACUUUUAGUGGAGGAGAAUUUGCAGCCAUUAUUGAACUUCCGAGAGGUACUCAUCAAUUUAAAUAUUUGGUUGAUGGAAAUUGGAUUCAUGAUCCAAAUCAGACGAUAGACGACACAUUCGGCGGCAGAAACAAUGUAAUAGUUGUAAAAGAAUCCGAUUUUGAUGCAACAGAGGCUUUAUUAAAAGACGAAUGUGGAAGCAAUUUGCAGUCAGUCGCUAGUACUUCAUCGUUAAGGCAUUCACCUCCUGGUUCAUAUGGACAGUUAAUUCCUCCACCUAAUGUUACACUCAUUCACGAUAAUUUCAAUGCUGCUGUCAUCCCACCUUCACUACCGCCCCAUCUGUUAAAUGUUAUCUUAAAUAAAGAUUCUGUUGAUGGUGAAGAUCCUACUUUAUUACCGGUCCCAAACCACGUUGCACUUAACCAUUUAUACGCAUUAUCUAUUAAAGAUUCUGUGAUGACAUUGAGCGCAACACAUCGAUACAAACGAAAGUACGUGACUACUAUCUUAUACAAACCAAUCAAAGUGAACUGAGAAAUUCGAAUAUUCGACGUUUGUGAUGUGUUGGAUGUACGUUGUACAACUAUAAUUAUUGACGCAAUUACUUUGUGUGAAAAUUUCCUGAUACGAAUUGUACAAAACUUCAGGGUGUGUAUUUAUGCUGCUAUAGAUUUUUAAUAAACUUUAUGAAAACGCCGGUAUAUAUAUAUGUUAACUUUCGAAAUCAACACCGAAAUCUGGUUCAUACAGUAAAGACUUUGACAAUAUGUUUGUUUGUUUUUUGAUGCAAGGUAUGAGAUUCGUAACAUUAAAAAAUGGAAGAAGCGUGUAAGGGUCAACACAUCGAAGUCUGAGAUUCUAACUAUAACACGCUCUUUCUGGUGAAAGUGCGGAUGCAAAGUAAACAGCGUAAUCUAUGUAUGUACUUGUUUAAUUUUGAAGUUCAAACUUUUCUAUUAAUUUUAUAAUUUUAGAAUGUUCACUCUGUCGGAAGUGUCAGGAAUUUUGAAAAUAUAAGUUAAAAUGCAGGAAAAUGUCAGUAAAAAUUUUCA